AUGGCGCCGCCACCAGCACAAAAGGAGACGCGUAUCGCCAUCGUCAACUCGGACAAGUGCAAGCCCAAGAAAUGCCGGCAGGAGUGCAAAAAGUCGUGCCCCGUCGUCCGCAUGGGUCGACUGUGUAUUGAGGUGACACCUUCGAGCAAGAUCGCCUUCAUCUCGGAAUCGCUCUGCAUCGGCUGUGGUAUCUGCCCUAAGAAAUGCCCCUUUGAAGCUAUCAACAUUAUCAAGCUCCCCACCAACCUCGAAAACGAAACCACCCACAGAUACAGCGCCAACUCGUUCAAGUUGCAUCGUCUCCCGACUCCACGUGCUGGCCAGGUGCUCGGUCUCGUCGGCACCAAUGGUAUCGGCAAGUCAACCGCGCUCAAAAUUCUUGCGGGAAAGCAGAAGCCCAACUUGGGUCGAUACGAUGACCCUCCCGACUGGCAAGAGAUCCUCAAGUACUUCCGUGGUUCCGAGCUGCAGAACUUCUUCACCAAAGUGCUUGAGGACAACAUCAAGGCACUCAUCAAGCCGCAGUAUGUCGACCACAUCCCGCGUGCUAUCAAGGGCAAAGCCAGUGUCACCCAAUUGCUCGAUGGCAAGCUUGAAAAGAACAACAAACAGGAGGUCAUCGACAUGCUCGACCUCAAGGAGGUGCUCGACCGCGACGUCCAGAACCUCUCCGGUGGUGAGCUCCAGCGCUUCGCCAUCGGCAUGUCGUGCAUCCAGAACGCCAACAUUUACAUGUUUGACGAACCCUCGUCGUAUCUCGACGUCAAGCAGCGUCUCAAUGCGGCGCGAAUGAUCCGCUCGCUCCUCGACUCCAACACUUACGUCAUCGCCGUCGAGCACGACUUGUCCGUCCUCGACUACCUGUCCGAUUUCAUCUGCUGUCUCUAUGGUGUUCCCUCGGUAUACGGUGUCGUCACUGUGCCCUCACCAGUGCGUGAUGGUAUCAACAUCUUCUUGGACGGAUACGUCCCUGCCGAAAACAUGCGUUUCCGUGAAGAGUCGCUCACCUUCAAGAUAUCCGAGACCGCAGAGGAUGAGGUGCUGGACAGGACACCCAAGUACGUCUGCCCACCCAUGACCAAGACGCUCGGCAACUUCAGUCUCAGCAUCGAAGGUGGUGAGUUUAGCGACUCGGAGAUCAUCGUCUUCCUCGGUGAAAAUGGAACGGGUAAGACGACGUUUGUCAAGAUGCUGGCGGGCAAGCUGGAGCCCGAUGCAGGCGCCAAGAAGCCACCGCAGCUCAACGUGUCGAUGAAGCCGCAGACCAUCGCACCCAAGUUCCAGGGCACCGUGCGCAUGCUGCUGCUCAAGCAGAUCAAGGCGGCGUUCAUGCACCCGCAGUUCCAGACCGAUGUGGUCAAGCCCAUGUCGAUCGAGGCGAUCAUCGACAACGACGUGCAGACGCUGUCCGGUGGAGAGCUGCAACGUGUUGCGCUCGUGUUGGCGCUCGGCAAGCCUGCGGACAUUUACUUGAUCGACGAGCCCUCGGCGUACCUCGACUCAGAACAACGUAUCAUCGCAUCACGUGUCAUCAAGCGCUUCAUCAUCCACUCGCGCAAGACGGCCAUGAUUAUCGAACACGACAUUAUCAUGGCGACAUACUUGGCCGACCGCGUGAUUGUCUACGAGGGUCAGCCGUCCGUCAAGGCUACCGCCAAGCGUCCCGAGUCGCUCUUGACCGGUAUGAACAGCUUCUUGGCUACGCUGGAGGUGUCGAUGCGUCGUGAUCCUACCAACUACCGCCCGCGUGUCAACAAGUUCAACUCGAUCAAGGACAAGGAGCAGAAGGCGGCCGGGCAGUACUUUUUCUUGGAAGAUUAG